UCUGUCCUCGAUAAUAUUAAGUUCUUCUAUCCCAUUUAACAUGUUUUGUUUAUGUAAUUUUCCAGAACCAAGCUCUUUAUUUGCGUCGAUCUAAUCUUACAAACUUCAAUCCUUAUUUUCUCUCUGUGAUUGCGUGGGUUUCCAUUUGGUGCUCCAGUUUCCUUUCGCAUCCCAAAAAAUCGCUGGUAGAUUAAUUGGCUACUGUAAAUUGUCCUCAGUUUAGGCAUGGCAGAAUGAAGGUCUUCCCCUUUCCACAACCAGCAAUGAAGCUUGCAAAAUGUAUGAUGCUUUUCUGACUCAGAGUGUUUUGGGGGCAGCCCACAAGUGUCACCACGCUUCUGGCACCAACAUAGCACACCCACAACUUCCUAACCCAUACGUCUUUGGAACGUGGGGGAAACUGGAGCACCCAGAGGAAACCCACGCAGUGGGUGACUUGGUCUAAUGAUGCAAGUCUUGGAGGGAUUGAAAGUUGUCAGUCUCGGCUACAAGCUGCAGAUCCAGACUUUGUGAUGGGGCAUGUAAUCAUAAAUGGACUGGAGCUGAUUGGAACAGGACGAUCUGUUUUGCUGGAUAAGGAUCUGGAUGCCUCAAUCAAGAGGAUGGUUGAACUUUCAAAGACACAAGAGAUCACCAAGCGGGAACGUUUACAUGUGGAGGCAUUGCAGAUGUUUGCAAAGGGGUCUCUUCCAAAAGCAUGUGACAUCUGGGAACAGAUUCUUUUGUACCAACCAACUGAUAUGCUGGCAUUGAAAUUAGCACACGAUUCCUAUUUUUAUUUGGGAUACCAGACACAAUUGAGAGAUUCCAUUGCACGGGUCCUUCCUCACUGGACACCAAAAAUUCCACUCUAUGGUUACUUGAAAGGUAUGUACUCGUUUGGGCUGGUGGAGACAAACUUUUAUGAUCUGGCAGAAAAAACAGCCAAGGAGGGGUUAGCUUUGAACCCAACUGAUGCCUGGUCUGUUCAUUCCCUUGCACAUGUUCACGAGAUGCGUGCAGAUGUGGAUGGUGGAUUAAAGUUUAUGAAACAGACAGAGAAAAACUGGAAGGAUUCUGACAUGCUUGCUUGUCAUAAUUACUGGCACUGGGCACUCUACCAUAUUGAAAAGGGUGAAUAUGAAGCAGCACUCACAUUUUAUGAUGCUUAUAUUUCCAAGAGUUGUCUCUCAUCUGGAUCAAUGCUUGAUAUAUUGGAUGCAUGCUCUAUGUUGCUUCGUCUCCAAAUGGAAGGUAUUAAUGUUGACAAUCAUUGGAAGGAGCUUGUCGGAGUUACCAUGAAUCACAGCAAGGAUCACAUUCUCAUCUUCAAUGAUGCCCAUAUACUAAUGUCUCUUCUUGGAGCUAAAGACACCGAGACAGCAGCUCAAUUCAUCGCAUCAUUACAAGAGCUCUCCCAAAGUCCCGGUGAGAACUAUCAGUACCAGCUUUGUCAAGAUUUGGGACUUCCUCUCUGUCAAGCAAUAAUGGAAUUUGCAAAUGGAAAUUACAGUCACACUGUAGAUCUGUUAAAUCCAAUUCGUUACCAAAUCCAGAAGAUUGGUGGUAGUAAUGCACAGAGAGAUAUCUUUAACCUGUUGCUGAUCAAUGCUGGUUUAAAAUCAGACAGCAAAUUUCACCAGAAGAUGGCUAGGUGCUUGCUGAUGGAACGAGAUGCUCUGAGACCAAACUCUCAAAUGACUGAAAGACUUAUUCGCAAAGCUACAGCAUUGCACAAUGUAGAGUAAAUGAAGAUAAAACACGUGCAAUAUAAAAUGUAAUAGAUUAAUUCAGCAUAAUUGAAAUUGGUUAGUAAUUAUUGAUUAUUAUUAGAGCAGAAGAUGGGAGGGGGGAUGUCGGUAUAAAAGGAAGAGUGAGAAGGAAGACUUUGAAGUGAUAGCAAGGGGAAUACAGGAAUGAUGUCAGUGGGGAGCUGGAAAGGGAACAGAAUGGUGGAAAAGGAAGGAACAAGUGGAUGAGGAGGCAUUGGUUGGGAGAAGUGGUGUUGGGGAAGAAAACUUCGGUAAAUACUUUGGGAUGAAGAGUGGGAAACCAAUCUCAAAUGUUCUUAGUAAAGGGAUAGGGAACUCUAUGGGACCAAAUCAGAGUGUGGUGGCUGGAAUGUUCCACGUGGAUUUUAAACUUGGGCUGCAAACUGUUAAGCUUGAGUUGCUAAUGCUUUUAGUGAUUUGAUAGUUGGAGGCUGAAGAGAGGGAAGGGCUUGUCAGACACCAAAGGCUUAAUUUGAUGAGUAAUUUGCAGACCACAAUUUAUGGUACUGGCAGAUGAUUUAUAAAAUGAUAGCUAUUUCAUCUUGGGAAAACACUUUGCUGCUCAGGUAUAUUGGCAUAAGUUAGUAGUAACUCUCAAAAUUGAUAUACAUGUAUAUAAGUCCAGAAAUUGGAUUGGACCUAAUUGUGUGAUAAAACAUCAUAAUGUUCAGGACCAAUGCUAAAUCAUGACAUCCACAAAAAAAUCACAAAGUUGGCUAAAAUGCACUGUGUAAGGGAAUUUGGGUAUUUUUCACUCAGAAACAAGCACUAAAAUAGGAUGUGCAAUUUUGGACAGGAUAUCACUUGGCACUAAUGCAGGUAAGUCGCAAAAAAAAGAGCUGGUUGAUGGGCAUGUGAGAGAGAAUAAGUUGCACGUCUAAAGAGAAAUAAGACGAGGGGAAUGGAACCAACAGGAUUCCUUUGCUGGGAGCCAGCAUGGACUCAAUGAGCCAAAUGGCUGCCUUCUGUGCUAUAAUAAAUAAACAGAGAUGUGGUAGAAAGGCACUUAAGUAAUUAGGGCAAGGCUUCAUUCAUUCUUUCAGUGGGAAAGUUACUGGGGGGAAUUCUGAGGGACAGGAUCUACCAGCAUUUGGAAAAGCAGGAACUGAGAAAGAAUAGUCAGCAUGGCUUUGUGUGUGAAAUUGUGCUUCAGAAGUUUGAUAGAGUUUUUUGAAGAGGUAACAAAGAAGAUUGAUCAGGGCAGUAGGCAUUGUCUACCUGGGCUUUAGAAAGGCCUUUGACAAGUUCCAGCAUGGUGGGCUAGUCUGGACGAUCACAUGGGAUCCAGGGUGCGAUAGCCAAUUGUAUACAAAAUUGGGUAGGUAAUGAAGGGGUGUUAUCCAGAUUGGAGGCCUGUGACCAAUGGUGUGCCACAGGAAUCGGUGCUGGGUGCACUGUUGUUUGUCAUGAUUUGGAUGACAAUGUUGUUAACAUAGUGAGUUUGGGGAUAACACCUAAAUUGGUGGUGUGGUGGACAGUGAAGGUGGUUAUUUAAAGUUACAACAGGAUCUAGAUAAACUGGGGAAGUAAGCCAAGGAAUGGCAGAUGUGCUUAACUCAGACAAGUGCAAGCUGCUGCAUUUUGGGAAGUUAAAGAAGAGCAGGACUUGCAUAGUAAAGGUAGGGCCCUGGAGACUGUUCUAGAACAGAGAGACCUAGGGGUGCAGGUAGAUAGGGUGCUAAAGAAGGUAUUCGGUAUGAUUGCCUUCAUCAGUCAGGGCACUGAGUACAGGAGUUGGGAUGUCAAGUUGCAAAUGUACAAGUCAUUGAUGAGACCACACUUUGGAGAAUUGUGUACAUUUCUGGUCCCCCAGCUAUAGGAAGAAUGUCUUUAAGCUGAAAAUGGUGCAGAAAAGAUUUGUGAGGAUGUUAUCGAGACUGGAGGGCUUGAGUUAUAAGGAGAGGCUAGAAAGGCUGGCACUUUUUUCCCUGGAGUGUAGGAGGCUGAGGGAUGACCUUGUAGAGCUUGUCCUAAGUCUAUGUCCUCUAGUUUAAUCCACCUCCAUCAUGGGGAAUAGUUUCCUGUAGUCUACCUUAUCCAUACCCCGCAUAACUUGAUAUUCCUCAAUCACAUCCCCACUUAAUUUCCUCUGCUCCAGGCAAAACAAACCUAGCUUCUCCAGUGUGUUGUCAAACUGAAAUACUCCAUCCCAGCUAUCUUGACUAUUGAGUCUGAGUUUAACAGCGUAUAUUUAAAUACUGACAUUUUUUGAUUUUCAUGGCUCAUCAACUGUAAUGUCCUGUAGUAGCAUUGAUUCCUUAAGAAUCUUAGUAAACAAAGCUCACGAGAAAUUAUCUCCAACAUUUACAGCUCUGACUACAGAACUUAGAACAGAGACACAUCAUAUACUAUAUUUCAUUUCACUUCCCCACCACCUACCUAGGCUGUGAAUAUAGUAAUUGAAAAAAGAAUCAUUGUUUCAUUGGGGAAAUAUUAUUGUUACUGCAUAGUAAAACAUUGCAUUGGUGAAUAAAUAUGAAGUUGGCAAAGAAAUAGAUGUGCAUUGUCUGCACUUAACUAUAGAUUUUGCUUUUAAAGUAAUGGCUUUAAGUAGGGCAUGACUUUAAAGUAAUGGGUGGGAAGUCCAAGGGAGAUAUCAGAGGGAGGUUUUUUACCCAGAGAGUGGUUGGGGCAUGGAAUGCGCUGCCUGGGGUGGUGGUGGAGGCAGGUACAUUGGUCAAAUUCAAGAGAUUGUUAGAUAAGCAUAUGGAGGAAUUUAAAAUAGGGGGAUAUAUGGGAGGGAUGGGUUAGAUAGUCUUAGGCGAGGUUUAAAGGUUGGCACAACAUUGUGGGCCGAAGGGCCUGUAUUGUGCUGUACUGUUCUAUGGUUCUGUGGUUAAAAGACUACAAAUAUAGAUUGAAAAUCAGUACUCAAUAUCAGCAGUGUCCCUUUUAGAAUGUUCAAGUAAGCACCAACUAAUCAGGUAGAAUAUUCCGUUAUCUCUUCAGAUUGCCAUUCCUCUCUGAGGUUUGUUCCUUAGGUCAUGUUUUCCAGUCAUUUUCAUUCAGAGUAUGAAUGUAAAUUGCAGCAGUACAGGGAUUUUCAGAGGCACAGAGGGGGAGGUGUUCAAGUGCAAUUUAGUCUUAUUCCAAUCCAAUAGAUUCCCUCUUCCAUAUUGAUUCCAAUCACAGAGGCACUCUUUUCAAUCAGACCUGAAUUCCAAUUCCAAUUAUGAAUUUUAUUGUAAAUUAUUUCUCGGUGCCCCAUGCCACUGUAAAUCUUGUUCUGCAGUUUGUGCUCACGUUUGCUAUCUACUUGUAAUUUUGAGUGUUAACUUGCAGUGAUUUGUUUUGCGGGCAUGUAAAAUCAUUGAUAAUGUUAAUGCAGAGUGGUCUUGCAGUGUUUUGGAAAAUCCUCUGGAAAAUGGUCUUGUAGUACUUUGUGCCUUAAAUUUCAUUCUCCUUCUGAUCCCAUUGUUCACAGGAUAUUAGAAAUUUUAUCAUGCAGUUCUACAAUUACGAACAUAUACUUAUAUAUCUUUUUACUUGUUCUUCCAGGGGUUCUAGAUUCAUACUCAAUUUACCUUUGCAUUAAAUUUAAUAAAAAGAGAAAAAUAUACUUGAAUUUAGCAUUUGAUAGUUUAAUUUGUGAAGCUAUAAUAACAGACAAUGUAAUCUUUAAAAGUAAAGUAAUUCUAUGCAAAACAUUUCUCGUUAAGUCUUCUUUUACUGGGCAGGUUGCAUUAUGUAGAAACUAUCUUGAUGGGAUCACAGUGCUUAAAGAAUCUGCCUUGUAUAUGAGGAUUCCUAGGUUCAAAUCUAACCUGCCAUUAAAUGAUACUUGCAUUCAUCUCUAA